AUGGGAUUCGAUGUCGAUAGAUUCGCAAAUCGUGUGACAGACGACAAAAAGUGUUCGUUAUGCCAAGGGGUGUUGGAGCAUCCGGUGAGAACAACCUGCUGUCAUGUUUUCUGCUGGGAUUGCAUAUUCCCCUGGGUGAAACGUCAUGGGAAGUGCCCAAAAAACUGCCGUGCCUUAAAGACAGCAGACUUGGACCAGUUUGUCUUGUUACCCUUAAAGCGGGAAAUAUCCAAGAUGUUCGUGCGGUGCGAUUUUGUGGAUAGGGGCUGUGAAGCAGUUGUUAGGCUGUCCGACUUGGCAUGUCACACUCAGAGUUGUCCAAAACGUCCGGUUCAGUGUAGAAACGCCGGCUGUGGGUUUACGAUUGAUCGCGCGGACCUUCAAACUCACGAGCGAAAAGAGUGUGACUUCCGGCCAGUUGGCGCCUGCAUCAAAGGAUGUGAGCUUGUGCUGCUUAAAAAGUCUGCCACGAACCACGACUGCAUGAAAGCGUUAAGAAAACUUGUUAGAGAACAGGAGGUAAAAAUUGAGACUAUGGAAGCUGACAUGGCCACCCUCAUAUCUAAAUACCAUCGACGUGAAAAAAUACUCCUGUCCCAAAUUGUGGAACUGAAAAUUCAAAAUCGAUUACAAUCCUUAAAAUUUUCGUAUGAAGCUGUUAAAAUCAAUGGGAGCCUAAUUUGUCGAUGUCUUCACAGCCAGAUGUCAAACAUCAAUUAA